AGGCGCAUGGAGAGAGCCGGGGCGGAAGCUGGCGCCAUGGCGGCUUUGCACGCAGCCAAGCGAGCUCUGCGAGUGGAGCUGAAGCGGCGCCUCCGGGCGCUGAGCGAGGCCGAGAAACUGCGCCAGUCGCGCCUGCUGGGGGCCCAGGUGGGGGACGGGACGGGACGGGCUGGGGCGGGGGGGGGCGGAGGCGCUUCUGGCGCGACGGGCCUCUCCCUGCCCACUCUCGAAAAUGCUUCGCCGGCGCGCCGCAGCAGGAACGCAACGUGGGCGCCCGUCCCCGCGCAAACCCCCGCCUAACUUGGGGAGGGGGGAAGAAAGGCUUUGGCGCCUGGCCGGGGUCUCGGGAGUGCUUGCUUCCCAGUAGGCGGGCAGAAGACCGCAGCUUUCCAGCCUGAGCCGUGAGCUUCCCCGAGGGGAGCGCUGCUUACUUCCAAGUUGCACUUGGUGAUGCAUCAGCUGCCCCAGGUGGUCAAGCAUCCUAAAUAUUGUACAUCCCACCGAAUUGCAGUCUUUCUGAGCAUGUUGGAUGAAGUCCAAACAGCAGAUAUAAUUAAGGACAUUUUUCAGCAAGGCAAGGAGUGUUUUAUUCCACAGUAUGAGCCUUGCAGCAACCACAUGGACAUGGUAAAACUGGCAUCCUAUGAAGAAAUUGCUUCUCUCCCCUUAACCUCCUGGAACAUCCAUCAGCCUGCUGAGAGCGAUGCCCGGGAAGAUGCCUUGUCUGUGGCAGAUGGUCUUGAUCUCAUCCUAAUGCCGGGACUGGGCUUUGACAAAACUGGCAACAGGCUAGGAAGAGGAAAAGGAUACUAUGAUACAUACCUCAAAAGGUGUACCCAGCACCCGAAAGGGAAGCCUUAUACCAUCGCCCUCGCUUUCAAAGAACAAAUUUGUGGCAUGGUCCCCGUGACUGAAAAUGACAUGAAAGUUGAUGAAAUCCUUUUUGAACCGAACUAAACCAUGAAUCUGGUGGCUAGGAACCAUGAAUGAGUCUCGCAAGUGUCUACACCACUCUUGGACUGCUCACUUGUGGGAUAUAAGCAAUCUGAUCAGGCCUCCGUAGAUUUGAUACAACAUCACCCCACACUACAGUGGAGUCAGUUCAAAUAUUCAGCCAACAGGCAUUGAGCUGUGAAACAGGAAGCUCAGAUUUCUCUUCCACUGCCAACUCACCAAGUGGUCUUACGCAAACCAGUGCUAUUCAGCUCCUAUCUCUUCUCACGUUAUGCAAUAUGAUAAUAAUCAUGUUAAAAGCCAAUAAAAAUGGAACAGUGGAAUAGUCUA